AUGGCGGCCAGGGACCGCUUCGGUGCCUACGCUGAACCGGGCUUGUCACCGUUGCAGCGGGCAAUCCGAAAUGCCUGCGACCCCCAAAACUACGAACCCAACUUGGCUCUCAACCUCGAAGUUGCCGACUUGAUCAACAACAAGAAAGGCAAUGCGCCUCGUGAAUCGGCAUUCGAAAUCGUUCAUCUGAUCAACUCCCGGAACCAGAAUGUUGCGUUGUUGGCGUUGGCGCUACUCGAUAUCGCCGUCAAGAACUGCGGCUACCCCUUCCAUCUCCAGAUCGGCACAAAAGAAUUCUUGAAUGAAUUGGUCCGCAGGUUCCCCGAGCGGCCGCCCAUGCGGCCCUCGAGGGUGCAGCACCGUAUCCUGGAGUCUAUCGAGGAGUGGCGGCAAACCAUUUGCCAGACAUCGCGGUAUAAAGAAGAUCUAGGGUUUAUCCGGGAUAUGCACCGACUUCUGCUUUACAAGGGUUACAUGUUCCCGGAGGUCCGCCGCGAGGACGCCGCGGUCUUGAAUCCGAGCGAUAACCUUCGUUCCGCUGAUGAGAUGGAAGAAGAGGAGAAGGAGGCACAGUCUGCCAAGCUCCAAGAGCUGAUUCGGAGAGGCACGCCCGCCGAUUUGCAGGAGGCUAACAGACUUAUGAAGGUUAUGGCUGGGUUUGACAAUCGGCAUAAGACCGACUACCGCGCGAAGGCCGCCGAGGAGGUUGUGAAGGUUCAGCAAAAGGCUAAGAUCUUGGAAGAGAUGCUACAGAACCAGCAGCCUGGGGAGGCUCUCCCAGAAGGCGAUGUUUUCGAAGAACUUGCAGGUGCACUUCAAAGUGCUCACCCCAAGAUCCAAAAGAUGUGCGAGGAAGAGUCAGAUGAUCCGGAGGCAGUCAAUAAGCUGCUGGAGAUCAAUGAUAGCAUACACCGUACAAUUGAGCGGUAUAAGCUGGUCAAGAAGGGUGAUUUGGAUGCCGCGUCGCGGAUCCCCAAGGGUACACUUGGUACGACGACUGGUGUUUCCACCAAUGCCAAUAACGAGCUGUCGUUGAUCGACUUCGACCCGGAGCCUCAGCCCGAUGCCAACGGUAACGAGGCCGCACCCGCCCAGGGCGGCAAUUCAUUGGAAAAUGACCUGCUUGGACUUUCGCUCGGCGAACAAGGCCCCCCUCAAGGUGGUGGUAUUGCUCUCGGUUCCAACAACUUUGCAUCCAUGUCGACCAGCUCAACACCACCAGCUCAAAAGACACCAGCUGCAUUCAAACCUUCUUAUGAUAUCCUCGCUUCUUUGAAUAGUUCGCGACCUGCCUCUCAAUCCCCUACUCCCGUUAUGGGCGCACCACCCCCAGCCCAGUCCACGGCCACCCCGCCGCCCACCGAUCCCUUUGCGUCGCUAGUCUCUGCCAGCCCGAGGGCAUCUUCCAGUCCCUUCCAGCCACCGCAGAGCCGGCCCGCUCCCUCAUCUUCCUCGCUGCUUGAUCUCGCCGGUCCCCCGGCUCCAGUCCCGCAAGCGCAGGCCGCUCCAGCCGAGGAUGACGAGUGGGACUUUGCCUCGUCGUUACCGGCUAGCAAUGCUCUCCCGUCGACUAACAAGAUCCAAGUUCUGAACUCCCAGCUGCGUGUCGACUUUGCUGCGCGUCGCGUGCCCAACCAGCCUCGCCAGAUCCACGUCGUGGCCAUCUUCUCCAACAACACCACCCAACCCAUCGGAGAGCUCCACUUCCAAGUCGCUGUGGAGAAAUCUUAUACACUGCAACUUCGCCCACAGUCUGGUCGAGACGUUGCACCGCAGCAGCAGAACGGUGUCCAGCAAGAAAUGCUUAUGGACGGCAUCGACGUAGGAAAGGGCAACUCGGUGAAAAUCCGGUUCAAGGUCUCCUACAAACUCGGCAGCGAAGCCCGCGAGGAACAGGGCAUGGUCCCACCCCUCGGGAUUGCUUAG